AAAUGUUUUCCAUAUUAGUUCAGAGCCUUCUCUGUUUCCAAAUAGCAGCCGAGCUGGGCUUAUGGUGAGAGGAGGCCUUGGUAGGGAGGGGAAGGGAAGUUGAGAGAGGCAGACGGCAGGCAGACUCAUCCACCCCAAACACUGCAACAGUAAAACUCAAGUGUACAGAAAGGGAAAAGUGAAGAGAGAAAAAAGGAGAAAUGGGGCAGGGGCAGAAAGGUUCCUCAGACAAGGAGGGCAAGAAGAAGAAGAAGAGAGAUGAAAGCCCAGCGCCAGAGGACGGCCAUAAGUGCAGAGUCUGUCGCUUCCCUCUGCUCGUCGCCCUGCUCCAGUUGCUGUUGGGGGUGGCCGUCACAGUCGUGGCCUUCCUUAUGUUGGCCAUCAGCCCCUCACUCAUGGCCAGGGAGACGCCACACUGGGCUGGAUUCAUUCUGUGUUUAGUUUCCAUCCUGGGAUUUAUCCUGUACUGCAUCACUUACCUCCCCGAUGAGAAAACAUCUAUGCAAUUCAUUGGCAAGCUCCUGUACUUUGUCCUGUGUACCAUCGGCCUGGUCAUUUCAGUGCUGGUUAUUGCGUUCGCUGGACACCACUACUCACAGACCAGCAGCUUCAGCUGUGAGCAGAUGGGAGAGGACUGUGUGUGCAAACUGGAUCAAAAUGACCCAAUAGCUCGCACCUUCACCUACGAGGGAGUCACCGACUGCGAGGUGAUCACCGGGACGCUCACACUCUACUUCCUGCUCCAGAUCAUACUGAACGUGCUCCAAGCACUCGUGUGUGGCGUCGGUGCCUUCAUCAUGUGGAAGCACCGUUACCAGGUGUUUUUCGCCGGCCUUCAGAUUGGCUCUCCCUCCUCUCAGCAGUGGCAGAAGGUUUAAUGCGAUGAUGGGAUGACUCUGAUCAGGUUGGAGGGUAAUUCCAACAGUGCGAUCACACUGAGUGACGGGGUCACCUGCCUUUUUGGUUUUAUGCCUAAGUGUGUUUUCUUUGAUGUCAGUUUUUAUUAACCGUUUGUGGUAGUUUUUCUAUGAUGGCAUUUUGCACAAAUUUUGUAUACCAUAUAAGAAGCUUUAUUCUUCCAAUUGCCAAUGCUAUAAAAAAAACUAUAAAGAGAAGCAAAGCAUCUGGUCUAUUUUUGAAAAAAGAAUUGUGUUCCACUAUUUCAAUGUUUCUAAUUAUCUGGACAUUUGCUCUGGUGACAUAUAGUUCAUAUACCAUUACUUGACAAAUUAUGAGCACAACACUGAAACCACUAUAGCUAAUUUUUUAUGCACUUAACUCCAAAAAAGUACUUGGCUUUCCUUUGGUUUGAGUUACUGAGAUGUCAUGCUCAUGAUUAGUUGCUCCAGUUAUGCUUGUGUUGGUCACCAAAUCAUUGCUUUGUCAAAUUAUGGUUUCCAAAUGUUAAAUCACAUGGCCUCGUUUUCACACAGUACAAAUGUUAAAUACUAUUUGAAUUCUGUAGGAAAUAUUAGUAAGACUUUUAAAAAUAAUUAUCUAGUAGUUUAUUGCUUUACAAUAAGAACAUUAUAUUGACAUUUUUAACUAUAUUUAGCAGCUGUAACUUAUUUUCAGUGUUGACACACACACAAAUCAACUAGGUGGAUUAAAUCCUUGAAUAACCUCUGUUUUGUUUCUUUUGC